AUGGCGAUGACGGCGUUGAGUGCGGGACUGGCAGCCGCCGGCCGCGCCGCCGCCCGUCGUGGUCUUGGUCUUGGUAAUCAGGCGACUGGCCCCGCGACCUUGGCCACGCGAUUUGCAGCUUUGCAUCGUAGCUGGCAUCACCAAGUACCCGAGGUGACUCGAAGCAACCUGCAGCCCGUCUCUCGCCUGGCUGCUGUUAUCAACAUGCAAACAGCACCUCGCUCGUAUGAUUUCUUCGACGCGGUCGAGCCUGAAGGCGCACCGACGGAAUUGCCCCCCUACCUCCUGAGCAAGACUGAUCAGCCCUUGCGCCUGGCUUGCGACUUGGACCGUCGCCGCUAUGAACAAGCGUGGAACCAGGAGGCAGAGCACCUCAUGCCCUCGUUUCAGCUGCAACACCAGGUGGUUCUUCAAGCCGAAGAAGCCAGCUUGGACGCUGAGCAUCGCCUUGCUGCACCUGCUCCGUCAACCAUGGUCGAGCCCGAAACGGCUGAUCUGGAUGAUCGAACCAUCCAAGCCAGCUCGGUGCUGAAGAAGCGGAGGCGAAAGAUGAAGCGUCACAAAUACAAGAAGUGGCGCAAGAAAAUGCGCAGCGUCUUGAAGAAAUACAAGUAGUUGCAUGCCGCCGCUGCGCGGCCCACACUAUCACAGCCAUUGUUGUCGCAAGCCCAAGACUGGCAUGCCUCGACCCAUUCGAC